UAAUAUUGUAACCAUCGAAACGGUAUUAACUGUCGAAAUAAAUAGUAAUAAUAUUGAUGAUAUUUCAAAAAAAAAAGAAAGAAUAUAUUUAUGACUAUAUUACUAUAGUAUAACUAUAGCUGGUCCCGCGUACUUCGUUUCCCGUAAAAAAUUCCAACUUUUAAAAAAAUCGUGAUUGUUCAACUCUUUUUGAGUGAAACUCAGCCUCCCUGGUAUAAGCAAUCUGACAUAUAUAUUUUCUAAAAGUUCCAUCAGCUUUAAUGAAACAAAGUACAGACAGGUUAUAUAGGUAUCUGCCUGUGGUUAUGUCACUUUUAUACGAUACACUAUUUAUUUCCAUAUAUUAUCCCCAUUUUGGCCCUUAUGAUGCUGACUACCAAUUUAAACGACUGCGAGCCGCUGCAGUGAUAUACCGACAUACACGUAAGUUGCACGUACAUUCUGGCCACAAUAAUAUUGUUGUACCAACGGAAAACUAUUAGGUCAUCGUUACUAUUAUUAUAUUAUAAAUACCGGCGCAAGUAUACCUAUAAAACGCGUUAAAUUGAUCAGCGGCGCCAAACUCGUCCCUCUUCCGUCCACUACAGACUGUCACCGAGUCCAGUGCAUUUACUAUUAUAGAACAUGCACAAAUCUUCGACAUGGAUCAAACGGCUGUUGAACAAACCGGAGAACGCGUUCAUGUGCAUGGUGGACAUGUCGUACAUCCAGGACAAGUUCAAUCUCGUCGGGCUGGAGAACACGUUGCCGGACUACGAGUCGGCGUUACGUGUCGUGCUGGACGACGCUCCGUUAUCAUGUGCCGCGACCAAUACCGCCUCGCGAUCAGCGGCUGAGCUGGUAUAUGGUCUGGUACACGCCCGGUACGUGAUGACACCACGAGGCGUCGCCAAAAUACUUGAGAAAUACAUGGCUGGCUGUUUCGGACACUGUCCGCGAGAAAACUGCAAACGUUCGGCUGUCUUGCCCAUAGGGCUGUGUGACAUUGUCGGGGAGAACACCGUGAGAAUCUUUUGUCCCCGAUGCAUGGACGUGUACAUCCCUCCAUCAGGGGUGAAAGGGGCGGCCGUGGACGGCGCAUACUUCGGUACCGGUUUACCGCACAUGGUGUUGAUGACACGACCAGAGUACAUUCCGUCGCGACCUAGAGGCCGGCAUGUGGCCAAGCUUUACGGGUUCCGAAUCCACGAUUCUGCGUACGACUUGCAGCGAAACUCGUUCACCGAGUUCAGGCGGAGCAUGCAACAGCCUCCCAGCUUCACUUCCACAGCAACCGCCGGCAUUACCUCCACCAACACCUCAACAACAGCCGCUUCAUCAGUCGUAAGCACCACUGACGCUGCCUCCACUACCACUACCACAGUAUCUUCUAACGCAAGUAACCAAACAUCCCGUCUAGUACAUAUGAUUAAUGCAUAUCGUCGUGCCCCGUUAUUAAAACGAUAAUAAAAUUGUGUUUUCUUAUAUUGGUUAUUAUUUAUUACUCUUCUAGUUUGUGAAGACUAUGAGCAUUUUUAAUAAAUUUUUUUUUGUUCGCAUAUUC